AUGGCGGUGCACGCGCCUGUUCGCAUUCCUCCCCCAGCGCCCAUGGAGCUAGAUACGGGUGUGGACGAUGUAUUGGGCAUGAUUGAUGAGCGCAUGCUGGACCGCGACGAGUCGGUGGAUCCCAUGGCGCUCCUCGCAUACUAUCGCCGACUGCUUCCAUUCAAGUCGCUCUAUACAUGGCUCAACCACGAUGUGGGCCCCACGCGCAAUUUUACGAACCGCGAGUUUGCAUUCACCUUGCAGAGCGACGUGUACCUUCGCUACCAGAGUUUCUCUGGAUGGGACGAGUGGAAGAAGGAGGUGUGCCGCUUGAAUCCCUCGCGUUUUGAGAUCGGGCCCGUGUACAGUGCGAAGCCCAAGGACCGCAAGACGCUGCAGAAAGCCACAUUUCGCCCUGUGGCGCGUGAAGUUGUGUUUGAUAUAGAUAUGACCGACUAUGACGAGAUCCGGACGUGCUGUUCGGACAAGCACAUUUGCCGGCGCUGCUGGAAACUGAUUGCGGUGGCUGUGGAAGUGCUGGACAGCACACUACGCGAAGAUUUUGGGUACAAGCACUUGCUCUGGGUAUACUCGGGGCGGCGUGGAAUCCACUGCUGGGUCUCGGACAGUGCUGCACUCGCUCUGCCCGACGAGGCGCGCAAAGCGCUCGUCGGCUGGACAGAAGUGAUCCGCGGCAGUGCGAACCAAGCCAAGAAAGUCUCGGUGGGGACGCAUGCACCAGGCGCACCGCGCGUGCUGCAUCCGAGCCUGCGCCGCGCGCUUGGCGGUGAUGUGCUGAGCAGCACAGGCACCGACGCUUCGACGCCGGCCUCCAAAGGGCCGCUGCAGCGUGCUUUUGUGGAAGUGAUCCUGCGCGACCAAAACGUGUUUGCAGAAGCGCCGCGCUGGGAAGUACUGCUCGCGCUGCUCCCUCCCCACGAAGCCGAUGCCAUCGCACGUUUGCAAGCGAAAUGGGCUGCGGGGCCGCGCACUAGUGUACAGAAAUGGGACGAUGUGUUGGACGUUGCGUCCAAGAGUGCGGAACGCACAAAAGGCGCGUGGAUUGCUACGCUGGAGGACAUUGUGCUGCAAUAUACGUACCCCCGCAUCGAUGCCGAGGUGAGUAAACGGCAGAACCACUUGCUCAAAUCGCCAUUUGUCGUGCAUCCAUCCACUGGGCGCGUUUGUGUGCCGUUGGAGGUGGACGACGUGCAGCAUUUCGAUCCGGAGCACACCGCGCCGACCGUUGCACAGCUCUUGCGCGAGCUCAAUCGGCACCAAGGAGACGAUAAGGCGUUGCAUACCAAAAGCGAGUGGGAAAAUACAAGUUUGCGUCCGUACGUCGAGCAGCUCGACCGUUUCACUUCGCGGAUAUUGCACGAAGCGCGCGAUGCAAAGCGCACCACGACAAAACACACGCUCGACUUUUAG